GGCUAUCCACUUGUUAUUUUCUACGGCUCUCAAACAGGUACAGCGGAAGGUUUUGCACAACAUAUUGCGAAAGAAUGUCAACAGAAAUUUGGAUUGAGCACCCUGGUGGCUGAAUUGGACCAACAUGAUAUGACCUCCUUGGAUAAACUACCUUCCCAAACGAUCGCAGUUUUCAUUAUUGCCUCUUACGGCGAGGGCGAGCCCACAGACAAUGCUGUCAAGUUCUUUGAUCUCUUACAAACACGUUCGUUUUCUUCCGUCAACAGUUACGAAAGCAACAGCAAUGAUAAGCCUCUCGCCAACCUCAACUAUUGUCUUUUCGGCUUGGGAAACAGCUCCUAUCCCAUUUUCAAUGGUGCUUCAAAAACAUGUGAUAAGCGUUUGACGCAAUUAGGCGCUCGUCGUUUAGGUGAUGUGGGGUUGGGUGACGAUAAUAACACCAUGGAAGAGGAUUUCAGUCAAUGGAAAGAGAAGACGCUCUGGCCGCAACUCAAAAAGCACUUGAAUGUACAAGAACGCACUAGCCCUACUGACGUCUUGACGACGACGUAUCAUGUCAACGAAGUGGAAUAUCCUGCCCGUGGUCAAAAGGUGUAUCACGGCGAAUUAAGCAUGACGACCGCCCCACCAUCCACCGAUUACAAUGCCUCCCAUCCAUGCCUUGCCCCUGUCAGGAUCCGCCGUCUGUUUCCCCAUGCCGCCGAUUUCGACGACGAUGAACGUCAUUACAUGCACAUUGACUUUGAUUUGCAAGGCACGGGUAUGACUUAUCAAGCAGGCGACCAUUUAGCGAUGUGGCCUGUCAACAUAGAAGACAUGGUCCGCCGAACAGCCGGCAUGUUUGGCCUGCACAACAAAUUAGACACCGUGUUUGAUAUACCUCGCGGCGAUAACGACAAACUACCUUUCCCUGUGCCUACCACUUUUCAUGCCGCAUUAAGACAUUAUCUCGACAUUUCCAAAAUACCCAGUCGUCAAGUGCUCGCCUCGCUUAUUCCGUUUGCUCCCUCUGAGAAAGCCAGACAGUAUCUGGAAGAAUUAACGCGUGAUGUGGCUCACUAUACAUCCGCUGUGGUGGAUGCUCGUCUGACGCUGGUGGAUGUGCUGGCACUCUCCAUCGGUGGUGACGACGAUGACGACGACGAUGACGACGACGACGACAACGAUGAGCAGCGACUGCGUUUUGCUCACGUUCCCUUUGCCAUGCUCAUUGAUAUUUUUGGACGACUUCAGCCCCGUUUCUAUUCCAUCUGUUCCUCUCCAUCCGAAUCACCCCACACGGCGUCUGUCACUUGUGUGACACUCAAAUACCAGCCCACGGGGGUGGGCGAGGGGGAGCCAGGGCGUACGGUGUAUGGCAUCAAUACCAAUUUCUUGUGGCAUAUGCAUGAGAUGAAACAGACGGGCCAAUCCACGCUUCCGAUUUCCUAUGCUUUGCCCAGAGAGCAACGAUUGCCCAUGUAUAUCCGAUGUGCCAGCAGCUUCAAGAUGCCAGACGAUCUCUCGGUACCGAUGAUCAUGGUAGGCCCCGGUACAGGGGUGGCUCCUUUCCGUGGGUUUGUGCGUGAACGUGUCUAUAGGAAAGAGCAACAGCGUGCGCGUCGCAUCGGCACCACCCUCUUAUUUUACGGUUGUCGCCGAUCGGAUCUCGACUUUUUGUACAAGGACGAAUGGCCCGGCCUCUUUGAUCGCUUGGGCGCCCCCUCUCGGUUGAUUACGGCUUUCUCUCGAGAAAGAGAGCAGGAAAAGACGUAUGUGCAGCAUCGUUUGGAAGAAGAGGGGCAAGAGGUCUGGGAUUUAAUUCACACACAGGGCGCUUAUUUCUAUGUCUGUGGCGAUGCCAAUCGAAUGGCUCGCGAUGUGUAUCAGACGUUAGUUCAACUCGCCCAAGUGUACGGCGGAUUGGACAAAGACACGGCUACUCACUAUCUCAAUGACUUGAGAACAUCGUCUAGAUACCAAGAAGAUGUUUGGGCUUAA